CUCAGAUCGUUUGCAGCUGAUUCGAGUCGGAUUUUGGAAGUGCUCAAGCUGGCAGUAAUCGAACCUUCCAAGUACUGUGUCUCAAGAGUCAUACAGAAAGAAUCAGAAGAGUCACUUCAAUAAAGCCAUGUGUAAACGGAAGAAUCCUCGCUUGUCGUGAUUGGUGGACCGACUCCUUGGCGAAACACCCGUCAUCGACUGUUCAGCCUCCAGGUUAGCUUCGUCUUUGAGCUCCAUCUUUGUCUAUUCGAAAAGCAUGUAAGACAUUGCCAUCCCGUGGCAACACGUUUGCAUCUGCGAGCAGAAUCAAUAACUGAUACACCCCGCCUGCAACCAUGGCCGAAGAACCGCAACCUUCAGCGAUACAGGAGGGCGUCUCCGAUCCCCAUGCCCCGACGGCUACCGCUGAAGACCGCAAAGCAGCCGAAGCGCUCUCUUCCCUCGACGCCGUAGAUGCCGACGAUGGAUCCAAGAAAGACAUCGAUUCGAAGGCAUUGGGAGAGGCUAUGAAGAAUUUGAGUAUCGAUGAGAAGAGUGCGCCUGCGGAGAAGAAGAAAACAGUCAAGGUGGAUGCUGCUGAUGUCUCACUUCUCGUAUUGGAGCUUGAGGUUUCGAAGCCGCGCGCCACCGAGCUACUAAGAUUGCACGAUGGUAAUGCUGUCAAGGCAAUGUCUGCGUUUGUGACCACGCAUGCAUGAUGAGAAACUUACCGCAUAGGCAAAGGCACAUUUCACACUUGAUCACGAUAGGAUUGUCAGGCAAGAAUGCGAACAGUAACGUUUUUUUCCGUAUCUCUAUCCCACAUAGAAGAAGGCAGAUUGUGCUACUCGAGAGAAGGCAUCGUGUUGAAAGAAGUCAUCGUGUUGAAAGAAGUCAUCGUGUUGAAAGAAGUCAUCGUGUUGAAAGAAGGCAUCGUGUGCUACUUGGAAUCAGGAGAAAGGUGUCAA